AUGUCCGAUUACGCAUCAAUUUUAACAAAAAAUGUAAAAAUUACUAAUCCAAGUUGUUUGUCACCUGACAACAAUAAUGUGCAAUGGUGGUAUAUCAAAAAACUACCAUUAACCAAUGCUUAUUUGUAUAUGGACGAGCAUAAUGUCAUUUUUCUUAGUGAUAUCACUUUGGAUGAAAGUUCACUUGGAAGAACGCUUGAGAGUAUCAAAAACAAUGAAGUUUUGAUGUUCAAUGACAAGCCCUGGCAGUUUGGUGACAAAAAUGGAAAUCAAGAGACACCUCUAAAUGGCCAGUGGCAACCUGAUCAGUAUGGUACAUCCAAAGGAUUUGUUGCACUUACCAGUUCUGGAAAUGGAAUUCACUUAAAACACACUAUGCCUGGUUUUCCUGCUAUUUUGCCCACUAAUAAUGAGGUUGCUAUGCCUUCAAGCUAUCCAGGAAAGUGGUUCCCUCAAGACUACCAUUUGGCUGAUGAACAAUCGAUUAAUUUGAAUAUCGGUCAUUCAUUUUUAUGUCAUACUCUUAUCGGCCUUAGCGAUUUAGAGAUGACUGCAUUUUUUAAUACUUUAGUGCCAUUGGUUCCAAAGAUUUAUUUUAACACAUUCAGUGAAAGAAAUCUAAGAUUCUUGAAUAAUAUAUUUGACGGAUCAAUCGUUGAUUCCUCAGCCAAACAGUACAUCAGCCCAACUAUUGAAAUCCACAGUGGUUUACAAUCAAGUGCUUGGCAAUCUUUCUUUGGAUACACUACUGUUCCUAGAGAUGCCGUUGCCACUGCUAGUUUUAGUAGUUUGGUCGAGAAUAGAUUGCCAAUUGAUUUUUCAAAUCAAUACAACAUACCUUUGGAGAGUAGACAUUGGAUAUCGGAUGUCGAGGCACCAGGAUUUGCAUUUGACAAACUCAGAAUAUGUCUUGGUGAUUACCAUCCAACUUUGUCUUCAUCGCCUGCCACGUUUGUGUGUGUUGUUACCUCGAGUGCUGCCAAUACUUUCCUAAUCAAUACUGCCUACAAACUUAGAUCAAGUAUUUGCUCGUCACUUGAUUGUGAGACUAAACUGCAGAGUGAUUUCAAUGGAAAAGGUCAAGUUAGAUUCCAAGUCAACACUGUCAGUACCAAUAUCGGUUCACUCCUUUCUCGUACUCCAUUCGAUUCAAGUCUUCCUGAUACUGAAUUGACUGUUGUGCCUGCUUCCGAUCCGUCAUGUCAGGGUGAUUGUGGUAUCUUUGAAUAUCAAACUGAUGAAUUUGCUUCUGUUGACAUUGUCAAGUACUUCACCCCUGAGAUUAGAUUGUAUCUGAAAGAUAAUAAGAGAGGUAUUAGUAUUCAAUACUAUUCCGAAGACUCUGAAUACAUCGUAUACUCUACCAAUCUAAAGUAUCAAGACAAUCUAUUUUCACCAGAGACUGUCAGUACUUACGAUACAAAUGUAUUAAUGUUUUAUCGUACUUUACAAAUGUUGGUAGAUUUGUAUCCAAUUGUCAACACUGAUAGCACUUCCACACCACCACCACCACAAAUUACAGUAAAAAUUAAUAAUCAACACACAGCAAUAAUCAACGAUAACAACAACUAUGGAAUACAGAUCGAUAACUUGUGUAUUGAUGAUUUAUUCCUUUCAUAUUCUUAUCACUACAUAACAUCAUUAAAUAAUAACUAUAAAUUAGAUUCUCUAAAUAUUAAUGAUCGAAUUCAACAAAAAGAAUCAGAUGAAUAUGCGGAACAAUUAGCAACAAGCAAAGCAUUGAUUUAUUCUUUCGCGCUCAAAUUCAAACAGGAUAUUUUCCCAUAUCUGAGAUCAGAUAUAAAACAAAUCAUUCAUUGUGAUUCACCUGUUUCACUUGAAAUCUAUCAAAAGAAUGGAGUUGUUCAACCAGUUGCUCGUUCUUCAGGACUCAUUGCAUCAUUCCUUUGGGAUAUCAUCGAUAACCAAGCUGAUCAAGAUGAGAUAUUCUACCAAGAUAGCUUUACCAGUGGAUUAGAUUCCUUAUCAUUCCCACUGAUCAAAGAGAUCAUCAAAGAGAAUGUUCCAUCCGAUAUAUUCACAAUCAUCGAUAUUCUAAAGUCAAAGAUUCAGAGUUCUGUCAUCGACACAACAAUGAUUUUUGACAACCUAGAUCGUGUCAUGAAUUUAAAUUAUAUUUACAAAUGUAAUUUCUGUUUGGAUAGUCCAACAAAUCCACCAACAGACCCAAUUUAUGAGAUAUUAGGAAGAUUUCAAGUUUGUGAAUCGAAUUUCCAAACACUUUCACUCAGUAAACUUUAUGAAACUGUUGGAAAAUGGGUUCAAUUUGAUGAAAAUCAAUUAUCAUCCAAUGUUAUUUGGAUGGCGAUUUAUGAAUCUCCAUUGAUCACAUAUUUACGUAGUUCACAAUAUUUGAAGUAUCAAAUUGGUAUUCGAGAUAGAUAUUACUGUAAUAUUCCAAUGCACCAAGGUUAUCCAUUCUCUUCGAUCACUCCACUUGGUCUUGAUAUUAUCACGGAAUUGAUUGGUGUUUUAACUCAAACAGAAAAAGUUAUCACCUAUGGAGAUCGCCUUUCAACCUAUUUUAUUCCAUUGGAGAAUGAACCAGAGGAAGGUUUUGGAAUUGUCAUGUUUGAUGGAAAGAUCUGUAGCUUUACUCAUUCAACAAAAGUUGAGUUUGAAAGUGGAGAACUUCUUCAAAGUUGUCCAGUUGAUCCAUUCAUUUUCUCCGUUGGACCAUUGACAGGUGACACCAAAGAUGAAACAACACUCAUCAUCAAAGGUCGAAAUCUUCAAUAUCUCCUAGUAAAGUUUGGUGACAUUUACCUCGAAGACUGUGACUAUACCAAAGAAGAUGAUCUCCACCAAAAGCAAUGUACAAUUCCAUCUGGACUUGGAACCAAAUUGAUUUCAAUCACUACACCAAAAGAACCUUCACUUAGACUUCCAAACACAUUCCAAUUCCAAUACAAUGCACCAACAAUCAGUUCUCCACGACCAUCUGAACAAUUCAACACAGUAGGUUCAGAGGUUACACUUUAUGGAAGCAAUCUUUUCUCCAAGACAUCAACAGUAAACGACAUUAAGUUAAAGAUUGGUGGAGUCUCGAUCGCAUUGAUCUCUGGUGGCAUCCAAGAUUCAAAAGAAUAUAUUACAUUUAAAACCAGAGGAUCUGGAUUGAACAAAAAUAUUUCAAUUGAAGUUGGUGGUCAAAUUUAUGAACAACUUGAUUUUAUUGAUCAUAAAGCACCAAAGAUCGAUUCAAUCUCCAAAGUAAUGUGGAAAACCAAUGGAGAAGAAGAUAUAAUUAUCACUGGUUCUCAAUUUGGUGAUGAAUCUCUGACAAUUGAUGAAGCACCAAUCUCGAGUUUGACCUGCAAUAGUCUCAUUCGUGACAGUGACAACAAGAUUACUUGUAAAUCUGUCAUUGGUGGUGGAAAGAAUCUUAAAUUCAGUAUUCAUGUCGAUUCACAACAAUCCAACUUUUUACCUUUCGAUUAUAUUGCACCAACUAUUCUUCAAGUUAUUCAAGAACCAUUCGUCAACACAUCAUAUGGAGGUAAUUUCUGGGUUGUUGGUCUCAAUCUUGCAACAAUGACCGAGUUUGUUCCAUCAGUUAAUAUGUCCAAUGAUCAUUAUCAACUUUAUGAGUGUAUUGUAGAUGAAGAAAGUGUUUGUUUUCCAAACAAGCUAUAUUCAAAUGAAGAUGGUCAAGCAAUUGAAGUACCAACACAACAAACACCAGAUAAAGAUUUCGAUCCAUACAUUGAAAUAGAUAAAGAAUUCAGAUCAAUGGAAUUUGAUUGUAUUAAGUGUAGACUACCAGCAGGUGUUGGAAAUGACAACAUUGUCAUCCUUGAAGUUCUUCAACAACUAUCUGGAAAUUCAACAGACUCACUCGUUUUCCCAAGACCAUUAAUCUCCAAAGUAACCAACAACACAUCUGGAACUGAUGGUUCAGUAACACUCUCAAUUUUUGGAACGAAUUUCUCACCAAAAGAACAAAAAUUCGUUUAUGAUGAAGAAUCUGAGGAUUAUUAUGAAGUUCCACUUAUCGAAUAUGAACGUGGAUUUGACAGAAGUAAUAUUUCCAUUGGUCACUACCAUUUGAAGAAUAUCACAUGGGUGAAAUCAUCAUUGGUACAUACAGAGAUCUAUGCUGGUGUUGGUGCCAAUCUUACAAUUUCUCUCUUCUUGGGAAAUCAAUCAAUGUUAAACAUUGAACCAAAUCAAAUUCUAUUUAAUUUCUCAUAUGAAAGACCAAAUAUCUCAGAGAUUGUUGGAAAUUUGAAUACAAGUGCCAACAAUGAAAUUACAAUCAAUGGUUUCAAUUUCAUUCCCAAGAAUCAAACGUUUUUGAAACAAUCAGAUUUCGACACCAGUUAUUUAACAAUCGGAGAAAACAAUUGCACAACACCAACUUGGACAAACUCAACUUCAUUUACAUGCACUCUCCAUCCAGGAAUUGGUGCCAACUUGACAUUAACCGUUUUCAUUGGAAAUCAAUCGAAUAUCGAUGGAGUCAAGAAUUUCUCUUAUUCUGAACCUCACAUUAAGAGUGUAGAUUCAAGUGAUACCAAAGGAGGAUCAGUCAUUACAAUUCAUGGUGUCAACUUUGUUCCGAAAGAUGUUGAUCCAAAAGACUCUAAAGUUUUAAUCGAUGAUGUUGAAUGUAAAAAUAUCAAUUGGAUUGAUCAAGACAGAAUCGAAUGCACUCCACCACCUGGAAUUGGUAAAAAUAUAUCGUUGGAAGUUGGAAUCGCCAAUCAAAAUACAACUGAAAACAUAUUCAAAUAUAAUGAACCAAGUAUUGAAGAGAUUCCAAAUGUUUUGACACAGGGUGAAUUGAUCACAAUCAAAGGAACCAAUUUCGUUCCGAAAGAUGUUGAUCCAAAAGGUUCCAAUGUCACCAUCAAUGACGAACUUUGUGAUGAUAUCACAUUCAUCGAUGAAACACAAAUAUCAUGCAAAUUCCUCAAAGGUAUCGGAAAAGACCAACCAUUAUCAAUAUCGAUCGAUUCACAAAGUGUCAAAGCUAAAUUCAAUUACAAAAUUCCAGAGAUUACAGAAAUACCAAACAGUGAUACAUCUGGAUCAAUGAUCACAAUCAAAGGAGAGAACUUUGUUCCAAAAGAUGUUCAAGAUGGUGGACCAACCUCGAGUUAUGUCGAAGUCAAUGGAAAGAAAUGCACAGAUUACGAUUGGAUCAAUCACAAUCAACUUUCAUGUAAAAUCCCAAUUGGUAUUGGAAAGAAUGUUCCAUUUAAACUUUACAUUGGAAAACAAACACAUUCAAACAAUCAACAUAUCGAUUAUAAUCCACCUUCACUACCAAGUGAUUCAGAUUAUUCGGGACCAACCAAUGGUGAUUUGACUUUGAUGAUCACUGGAUCAAACUUUGUACCUUCUGAUUUGGCAUCAUCAACACCAACCAACGAUCAAAAUAAUUAUGUAAAGAUUGGUGGUAAAUCAUGUCAAUCACUGACUUGGAAAGAUUCGGAUUCAUUAAAAUGUAAGAUUCCAAUUGGUACUGGUGUCAAGAAAUCAAUUGAAAUCAAAGUCGGAGGUCAAUUAAAUCAACAAAAUACCUAUUUCUCUUAUGACAAACCAAAUAUACGUGAAAUAACACCAGAGAAAGGAAGAAUGGCAAGAAAUACAAUCGUCACUAUCAAAGGAACCAAUUUUGGAAAUGUCCAAGAUAAAGUCAGUAUCGAUGGUAAAGAUUGUAAUGUUUUCACAUGGAAUCAUGAACAGAUUGUAUGUGUUGCUCCUCAAUCCAGUUCUGAAGGUGAAAAAACAGUUUCAGUAACAGUUGACUCACAACAAUCGAAUCAAAACAUCAAAUACACCUAUUAUGACAAGCCAAAGAUUGAGAGAAUCGAACCAAAAGAAGGAUCAAUCGAUGGAGAUGAACAAUUGACAAUCUAUGGAUCGAAUUUGAUUGAAGAUGGAAGUACUUUGAAGGUAUACUUUAAGAAACAAGAAUGUCCAGUUGAUUCUUCAACAAAAGAUCAAAUCGUAUUCAUCAACAAGAAAGGAGCUGGUCAAAACAUUGAAAUUUAUAUCAAAUUGGUAAAUUCAAAACUUUCUGAUCAAAUUUCAAAUACAAACACUGAAUUCUCUUUCACUGGUCCAACUAUCAGCAAAAUUUAUCCAGAAUCUGGAGAUAAAAACACGAAACAACCAAUUGAAAUUACUGGUACAAAUCUUGGACUUGUUGGAGAUGAACCAUCUGUCAUGAUUGGCUCCAAAGAAUGUUCCAAUGUCAAAGUGAUCUCAUCAUCAAAGGUGACAUGCAUCGUUCCAACUUCUUCAACUGCAAAAUUAGAACCAGUCAAGUUAACUUUUUAUUCUAAAGAAGCCACCUCAUCCUAUGAGUACACUGAAGAAGAGAGCAGCAGUGAAAGUGAAAGUGAAAGUGAAAGUAGCAGUAGUGACAGUGUAUCUGAUAGCACUGAAGAGCCUGAGCCUGAAGAAAUUAUGACCCAAAUGUUCUAUAUUAUUGGAGUUCCACCAAUCGUUUGGCCAGUACCACCAGGUCCACCUCCAAUCAUCCCAGUUCCUGUUAUGGUUGUAAAUGUUCUAAAAGGAUCGACUGCAUACGAAAUCUUUAGAAAAACGAUGAUAUUGAAAACACCAGACAACUUUGAAUUCCCAUUCUCAGACUUUGACUCUAUCAAGAUCGAUUGGGGAAAGAUCACAUCCUCUAGUCUCACCAAAUCUAAAUUUAAAAUUAAAAUUAGAUUCAAGAUUAGUUUCAAAUUAAAGAGUGGAAAAUCAUGGUCAUGUGAAUCUGACAGCUCUGAUGAAGAUGAUAAUGAUUCAGAUGGAUGGACUCGACCAACUGUAGAAGGAGGUCCACCUCAAGGUAAAUUCCCACAAUGGUUAUUGCCAGUAGGAAGCGAUCCAAAUCAAAUUCCAACUGAAUUACCAAACCCUCCAGCACUCCUCCUCAAAUCUAAAAUCAAAGGUCGUCUAUUUGAAGACAAGAAUCAAAACAUGAAAUUUGAUGGUGAUGAUACUCCAAUCAACAAAAAUCAAACGUUUAUGAUUGGAAUUGUCAAUGAUGAUGGAGAUUACACCAAUGGUAAAGUCAAUUCUGAUGGAACAUAUGAAGUGGAAACUGACAAACAACUUGGUCUUUACACUUUGGUUGUGACAUCAAUACCAAUAUUUAGCAAUGCAAACUACUUCCUUCCACAAACUAGAUUCCAUAUUCCAUUCACUUUUGAAGGAUAUGAACAGAAUAUUCCUGUGUUCACCAAAUCACCACUUGGAUGUUUGGGAACUGUCGAAACCUAUUCAAAGAAGAUCACAUUACAAUAUGGUGAAUAUAAUUUGUUGGAUUUCGGAGUCUACAUGUUUGAAACUUCCACUCCUAAAUUCCCAGAUUAUUGCCAAGUCAAUCUAUUUGCAAAUAACAUUGCCAUUAAAUAUAAGACAACAUCAGAUUUAACAUUAUUCUUGGAUACCAAUUUAGAUGGAAGUCCAGAUAGCUCAAUAUCUUCAGUUGAUUACGAUGUUGUAUCUACUGUUGAUGGAAAACAGUUAAUUCGUAGCUACUCUUAUAAGGAUAAGAAAUCAUUUGAUUUACCAUCGAGUUCAUACAUUCGAUUCAAAGAAAGUACAGGAAUGACACCAAUCAUCAACAACUAUUAUGUUAAAGUUGAAGAUCCAAAUAAGAUUUCAACAAUUUCAAGCAAACUUGGAUUCAUAAACAUUGUACCAUCAAAGACGAUCUCAUUCAUUGGUUCCAAUUCACAAAUACUUUCACUCACCUUUGGAAAGUUCACCAAACAAUUUUUUACCAAUAUCGAAUGGACUGACACCACAUUAUCAUUCACACCAAAGACCAAUCAAACUGUAAUUUUCAGCAAAGAUGAUGAAGACACCAAUGGCCGAAUCGCCUCACCAAAUGGAAAUCAAUAUGUUCUCAACAAAAUCACUUUUGGAAAUGUUGAAAUUGUCAAUCAAUAUCUAUUCUCAAAUGUAAUUCCAAGUACUGGUGAUAAGAUUGUGAUAUCGAAUGAUUACCCAUACAAAACAGCAUCCUAUUUUAUUGAUUCCGUUCAAAUUAAAUGUGAUAUUCUUGAUUCACUCCAUUAUAAAUGUGAUAUCCCAGCGUCAACUGGAGGAGUAAAUACCAAACAAAUUACAUCCAAAUGGAAUGAUAUGAAUCUUUAUAACAUUCAUACUCUCACCUAUUCCCAAUCACAAACCACCACAACAUCAUCAACAACAUCUAGCACUGGAACUUCAUCAACUACUGGUGGAGUAACCACUGGUGAGAUAACUACAAGCUCAUCAGCUACUGGUGGAAUAACCACCACUGGUGAGAUAACAACAACUUCAACAACAUCGACAACUGGUGGUGGUUCAUUUUCAAGCUAUAUCUAUGGUUAUAUUCACGAUGACAGAAAUUAUAACAAUCAAUAUGAUCAAGGUGAACCUUUCUUGACAAACUUCAAAAUUCAAGUUAUUGGAAAUAAUAACUUUGAUUAUAGAACCACAAGUAAUGAAAGUGGAAUCUUUGAAUUCAGAGUUGUCGAACCUGGAACUUACAAGAUCACAAUUGAUUCCGAUGAUAUCGAUGAAACACCAUACUUUAUUCCAAUACAAACUGUUUAUGUCAGAGUUUCAAAUCAACUCACAAUUGUUUCAAAUAUUACUGUUUUCUCGAAAUCAAAUUAUGAAUGUUUCGGAACAAUAUCCAAUGCAGAACGAGAAACACUUUCAAUUCAAUAUGGUUCAUUUAAUUUAUCAAACUUUAAGUAUAAUUAUAAUUCAGAUUAUCAAACCUAUUCAUUCCCACCAAUUUGUAAUGUAAUCUUGGAAGACUCAAUUAUUACAGUUAAAUAUAAAUCAAUGUUGAAUUUAUCAGUAUUCUAUGAUGAGAAUUUCAAUGGAUUAAAUGAUGAUAAUGCAACAUACCCAGUGAAUAUAUCAGUUUUAGUUCAAUCGAAUUUGAAAGAUAAACAAUUUGAAAGAUCGUUUAUCAUUGAUAAAGCUCCAUACUUUAUUGUGACAGAUAUUCCAGGUGACUCUUUUAUCAAUAUGACACAAAGAACAGAUUCAUGGAAUACAACAAUCGGAUUCAACACCAAAAACUAUUCAAUUCCAGAUGCAACAUUAUUCUCAACAAUCGAUGACAGUUUAAUAUUGUUUACAUCGAAUCCAAACAACACAAUAUCAUUAUUCAAUGACAGAAAUAUCUCAAACAAUACUCUUACCAUUCCUUUUGGCAAAUACAACUCAACAUUCUUUGAUAAUCUUUCAUGGAAUACUUCAAAUUUGACAUUGACCACAAUGCCAGAUCAAAUUGUUGUAAUAACCUUGAACAAUGGUUCAUCGAUAGUCAUUGAAAACAAUCAAACAGCCAACUUUAUUAAUUUCAAUAUUACAACGAUUGAAUUGAUCUAUUUAGAUCUUUUCAAAGAACUCCCAUUGAUCCCAUUGGUUGGUGGUUCUAUUAAGUUAUUCAAUGUUUAUUGGAAUUAUUCGAUUCAACCAGAGUUAUCAAUUGAAGGAUUCAAGAUGAACUGUUUAAUUUCAUCAAUUGACUCAUCUUUUGUUGAUUGUUCAGUUCCACCAUAUUUGAUUGGUGAUCUCAAGAAAGCAAUCAAAGUUACUUGGAAUGGAAUGGAUUUGUACCAAAACGGAUUUAUUACCUAUGAAACACCUUUGACAACAACGUCAACAACAUCAACCAGCACCACUGGAAUUCCAACAACAACUGGUGGUUCUGACACAACAACGACUGGUGGCUCUGGUUCAACUACGACUACAUCGACAACUGGUGAUUCAACAACAGCCGGAGGUACAACAGCUGGAAGUACAACAGGAGGCACAACUCAAACAACUUUACUCGUUGGAUACCUAUUUAAUGACACCAAUUUCGAUGGAAUCUUUGAUUCUUCCGAAAAACCAAUGAGAAAUAUCAAAGUUGAAAUUAUUGGACCUGUCAAUUCAAGUACAACAACUUCAUCAACAGGUCAGUUUAGUUUCAUCAAUUUGAUUCCAGGAUCAUAUGAAAUCAAAGUCGAUUUCAAUGAAUCAUCAAAGUUCUACAAUCCAAUUGGAAAUUAUACAAUGCAGGUCACCAAUCAAUUUAUGAUCCAAAGAAACAUUGCACUAUUCUGGAAAUCACCUCUUGGAUGUGUUGGAUCAGCAACAACAUCAGAUUGGACAUAUUUGGUUCAAUAUGGAUCACACAACUUGACAAUAUUCAAGUUGAAUACCACAAAUAUCAAUUCAACAGCAUUUGUUCUUCCAGACUAUUGUGUUGGAACUGUUGUCAACAAUGAAACAAUUGAAAUCAAAUACAAAACUUCAAUCAAUUUAACAUUGUAUUAUGAUAUUAAUAUCAACGGAACACUUGAUGAAUCAGAUCUCAAAGUCAAUAACACUGUCAAUUCAACAAUCAUGAUCACAUCGAUUGUCAAUAAUCAAACAAUCAUCAGAAACAUGACAUCAUUGAUGAUUCCAUCGACAUUGUUGAUUGAUCUUCCAUCGAAUUCAACAUUCACAAUCAUUUCAGAUCCACAAUCCAAAACAUCAGCAAUUCUCAACAACCAUCAAAUCAGUUUAUCAAACUUCACAACAUUACACACAAUUAACCAAUCAUUUGCAUUCUAUAAUGAAUACCAAAACAACACAUUGACACUUGGAAAUAAUGAAACAAUCUCAACAUUCACAAUUCCAUAUGGUAAAUACAAUGUAUCGUACUUGGCAACACUUGGAUUCAAUUCAAGCUCCAUUAAAUUCAGAACCAAUGUCAAUCAAUCAGUAUUACUGAACUAUGAGACUGAAACAUUAAACAUCUCAAAUAGUACCAUUCAAGUGUUUAACACAUCAGGUCUUGAUUCAAUCGAACUUUAUGAUCCAAAUCUAUUCAAUAUUUCAUUCAUUCCAAGUCAUGGAUCAUCAAUCAAUCUAACCAACAGAUAUUGGAAUUUGAAUCAAGCAAAUAUUUCAAUUGAAGGAGUCAAUAUCGAUUGUCAUAAACUCAAUGAUACCGACCAAUUCGUAUCAUGUUCAAUUCCAAGAUACAUAGUUGGUAACUGGACAAGAUCAGUUUCGAUUUCAAUGAACAACCACACACUAUAUCCAAACUACACAAUCACCUAUCAAAACAAUUGUGAGAAUUGUACUCUUGAACAAAAGUUACUCUCCCAAUGGACUGUUGAUAAUGUUAACUAUUACCAAUAUGAAGCGAAUAUCACCAAUUAUGGAAGUCACGAUCUUUCAUUCAUGGAGAUAUCAAUUGGUAAUGAUGAAACCAUUUCAAAUAUGUGGGGUACCACCAAACUUCAACAAUAUCUCUAUUCAUUGAAUAUAGAAGGUGUAUUUAAGAGCAAUACAAGUGACAAUCUUGUUUACAUCACCAACUCAAGUAAACCACUUGAUCUUUUCAUUGUUUAUUGCACAGAGUUUAUUUCAACACCUUCAACAACAUCAACAACAACACCAAUAACACCAGAACAAAGUUCAAACAAUGUCAGAACAUCAUCUUUUAGAAGCAUGUCCAACAACAACAAUGACAACAACAACUGUAACUUUGAGAUUUCACAAACAAUAAUGAGUAAUUGGACAACAGGUGAUCAACAUUAUACACUUUACUACAUGGUCCAUUGCACUAAGGAGGUGAAUGAAUAUAAACAUAUUAUUAUUCCUUAUUUUGGUUGUAUUCAAUAUGAUUCGAGUGUGUUGCACUCUGACUUUGUUCUCGAUAACACCACAUCUUCAAGCAAUGUACUAUCGAUAUCGGCUAAAACUCUAUCCUAUAGUGAUUUAAAUCAACAAGUAUUCUUGGUAACAGUAAUCGCAGACUACGGAGUAUUCAAUGUGAAUUUGAAGAUUCAAGAUACUUCAUAUCAAUUCGGAAGUUCAGAGUGUCUAACAAAAGAUAAAUCGUCGUUUAAUUUCCUCUAUCACACUGAUCCUGUGAUCGACCGUUCCGAUGUUACUGCUUAUUUCUACUCAAAAGUAUCGAAUAUCCAACUUGCACCUGACACACUCGUAUGCACAACAAACGCACUAGAGUUUACAUGUAAUUCGGCUUUCAUGGACGAACCUAAUCAGAACACCAUUCAAACCAAGCUUAUCCUUAAUACUCCAUACACUCAUUUGACACCAACAGUGGAGUUAAAUUAUACUAUUUACAACGGAAAUGUUCUUGCCAGCUUUGAAUUACCCAAUCCAUUUUUAAAGAAAUAUAAUCCAAUGGGGUUCAUUAAUUUCUUGAUGUAUCCACCAAAAUCCUAUAAAUAUAUUCAAAAUCCAAUCACUUUUGAAAGUUAUGAUAGUAGCGUGUUUUUAGAUGUUACCAGCGAUACAAAUGGAUACAUUGGAUUCAACUCUACAUACUACUCUGGUAUCAAACCAAUGGCUCUUCGUCAAAUGAACAAUGCAACAACUUAUUAUUGGUCUUGCUUUUCAACUACUGGUUCUGCUUUUUCAUUCUACAAUGCUGAACAAUCAUCCCCAUCUUUUAGUCAAAUCAAUUCUCUUAGUAUUCAAAACUAUAUGGGAAAUAUUAUUAAUGGAGUUACAUUAAGUUGUUAUACAGAUACAGUGAAUGGAUUAUUCAUUUAUAAUUUAAAUUUAAAUGCAACAAUUGUCGAUGACUUUAAACUUGAUUUUCAAAUUGACAAUUGUCCCCAAAUUACUUUAUCUUAUCCCAGUUACGAUAAUAUCGCUCAAGAAUAUUUAUAUUCUUUCUCUUUCUCAUCUAUCAAAAAUAUUACAUCAUCACAAUCAAAUGAUGUCACUAUUUAUUAUGGAUCUACAGAUACACUAAGUUUAUUUUCGAUUAUCAAUAUUAAUCAAGCAACAGUUGCUCCUACAGGAGCAAUUCAAUUUAAUAAUGUUUCAAUUUCAUUAAUCGAAAAUGAAUUCUAUAAUAUCAAGGUCAACUUUACAUCACAAUUACCAAUAUCGAAAUUUGAAAUAUAUGAUACUCCUGUUGCCUAUCCGGCGGGUACAUUAUUUCCAAUAUUAAAAAUGACCACAGCAAAUUUGGUUUCUGGUAAUCUUUUCUCAGGUAUUCUGGAGACCAAUUUCAAUGGACUUUAUUUCGAUAAUCUGAACACUAAAUCUCUGACUCUAACAGAUCGAAGUGGUUUUUCAACUAGAGUGAUCAGUUAUUAUAAUAGCGAUCUUAAAUCAAUCGAUUCAUUAAUGCUAACAGAUAGAUCAUUUGAUGUUUUAGAUAUAACUUAUUUCAAGUUUGCCAAUAAUUCAGUCAAUUUAACAAAUGGUAAUGUCGAAACUACAUUGUAUUUCAACGUUUCCAAUCCUUUGAAAUAUGUCAUACCAAUAUUUUGGAGUUCAUCAAUCGAGAAUGCACAACCAUACUUUGGAACUUACAGUGAAGAGUUGGGAUUAUAUUUUAUCAAUUUUGUAAUUGAAUCUUGUGAGUUAACUGGUGAAUAUUCAUAUGUUUUAUCAAAUGGAAAGAAAAACUUUAGAUCAGCUCAAAUCAAAUCGAAAAUAGGAAAUAAUGCAACUCUUUUAAUUUCUGAAUCAAUUGGUGAUAUUUUAGAUCCUUUCUUGGUGGAAGUAUCACUCUUCCCAUCCAACGAUUUAACAUUGGGCAGUGGUUCAGUUAAGAUUGGAUGGAACUUUACAAUUCAAGACUCACCAAAUGGAUUUGGUUUUGGAACAAUCAAUGUCAUUUCAAAUUUAAAUCGAAAUGUUACAAUCAUUAAAUUUGAUGAAAACAAUCGUGUUUCUGGAAAUUCAAGUUAUGGAAUCUAUCAAGUCGAUUUCUUGGUCAGUGAAAGCAGUAAAUCACAAAACUAUACAUUUAUCAAUAUGGUUCUUUAUGAUUCGAAAAUGACAAGAACCAAGAUACCAAGAUAUGAUCCAAAAACAACAAUCAUGGGAACUCCGAGUGAAGCCAAUCUAUUUAUAAAUGUUAAUACUCCAACUGUGACAAAUGAAACACCAGAAUUGAAGAAUAUAAUAGUAUCCCCACCAAGUAUAAAUGUAGGAUCAUUGAAUAGAAAGAUUGAAUUUAAUUUCGAAAUUUCAUAUACUUUGAUCAAUCUUUCAACAUCACCAAUCAUUAUUUUAAAUAAUCCUGAAGAGAAUGAUAUAAAUAUUGAAACAACUCUUAUUGGAUACACAUCGACCACAAACAAAUAUUAUGGUUCCUAUGAUUUACCAUUUGGAUAUGGCAUUGGAUCACUAUUUACUUUCUCAAUUACCAGAAUCGUUAAUAAUCAAUUAAAUUACAACUCAUAUUCAGCUAUAGAUUUAAUGAACAAAGGAUUACCAUAUAGUAUCAAUAGAACAUUCACCAACGAUCAACCAAUACUCGAAUCAACUACACCUGUAAAUUCAAAUACAAAAAAUUUUAUCGUAUUUGGAAGAUCAUUAGGUAUCGAUUCAAAUGCAGUUGUUGGAUUUAUCGAUGCAGGAGGUCAAGGAUUCCAACCAAUUCAAAUCACAUUUAUUUCAUCAACUCUGAUAUCAUUCCCAAAUAUAUUCACCAAUAUCAACUCAUUCAAUAUCUAUAUAACUGUCAACUCAGUAAAAUCAAAUACAUUACUUAUCAAUAUUAUAAACAUAAAACCAACAAUUCAGAUAUUCCCAACCUUACCACCAAUUCUUUCACCAACACCAACAUCCACAAACAAACCAAACUCUUGUCCUGGAACUCCAACAUGUUCAGGAAGGGGUGUUUGCAAAUCCAAUCAAUGUGAAUGUACUCCACCAUAUUAUGGUCCGUCAUGUGCAUCUGAGCUUGUUGUAAUUCCACCACCUGCCAAACAACCAGAACCAUUAACAAACAAUAAUAUUACCGUUGACAACAAGUUUAUUAUUUCAACAAUCCAAAUAUCGACAAUCAAAGAAAUCGACUCCACUGGUGCAGAAGUUAAUAGAUUCGUUCCAAGCACAUGGAUUAUAAAUGAUCAAAGUAAUUCAAGUCAUGUGAAAUACGAUUAUUCUUCGAUAUUGGAAAACAGAUUUACAACAAUCAAUAUCACAAUCGAAUUCUUCAAAGAUGCAACCAACUUUACAUUUGGAGAUCAACUAUUUAGACUAUCACCAUCAUCGAUCAAAUUCACGAUAUCAUUAACAUCAUACAACUUCCAAGAUAAGUUAAAUUACCUUCAAAUCGAAAUGGAUAUGUCAAUGAAUUCCAACGAAGAUUCAUGUGCAUUCCAACAAGUGGAUCCCAACGACAAUGUUCAAUGGAUAACCUUGAACAUCAACGAUCGAUCACUUUAUGCCAGAUUCAUUCCAUAUGCACUGAUUGACACCCGAAUUCAAUCGAUCUCACACAAAGUGGUCAGUCAAAACGACAAUUCAACAUCGUCCACCUCGAAAAUUGGAAUAGUCAUUCCAAACUUUGACUAUAAAGUUGUCAUUGAUCCUGACUUUCAAUACUUGGUCGAUGUCGACAAACAAGAUUACAAAGAUAAAUGUCAGUCCGAUAAAUCAAAUAGUGUCACCAAGAAGAUCAUCAUUGGUGUGGUUGUUGGUGUUGUUGGUUUUGCAAUACUAUUAACUCUUAUCAUUUUUAUUAUCAAAAAACAAGGAUCAUAUUAUAAUAUGAAAUUAAAGAUUAUUAAACUCACUAAAUUAAAUAAAUAA